AUGAGUGUCAUAGUGCAUCCUCUUGCACUAUUGACAAUAAUCGACGAGUUCCAGAGACGAGGUCGCAACAACGAUUCCAUAAUAUUCGGUGGGUUACUUGGUAAACAUGAUGAAUCCACCAACCAAAUAUCUGUUGUUAACAGCUUUGUGAUACCAUUGAUCGAUAAUCAGUUUUUGAAUAAAGAGUACUUGCAGGACAUGCUACUCAAAUUUUCUAUCAUUAAUUCCAACUUUCGAUUCGUAGGUUACUAUCACGUUCAAUCUUUAAACGGUACCGAAACUCAACAGUAUGACUUGAACGCUAUUAACCUAGUAUGCCAAGAUGAUAAUAGGCCUUCGUCCUUUGUCCAUUGGAUAGUAACAGAUCCAAAAGAGUUCAAAUCAUUCUCGAUGUAUUACUUGGAUGAUUCAAUGGUUCAACUCGUCAAUUCCAAUAUUCAACAUUACAUUUCUAAACCAUUGCCCUAUGAAUUUAAAAACCUUCUGUCUGAGAAAAUUGCUAUCGACACAAUCCUCAAGCAAUCCAGGCUAGAAAAAGACUUAUCCACCAAAAACUCACUGAAGAAAUUAAACAAUAGUUAUAUCGACAUUCAUUCCUCACUGAACGUUCUCUAUAAAUCAGUCAAUAGGCUUAUUCGUUACCUCAAAAAAUGCUCAAAAUCAGAAGUUUCAAUUGACUAUGACACAGUUCAGGAAAUGAAUACUGUAAUACUGAAAAUUGAAAGGCUUAAAUUGAUACCCCAAGUCAAGGAGGAGUUUGACUUAGUGACUCUUUCACUACUGGUAGACAAUCUUGAUCAGAUGGAUCAUCUUUUGUAUCUCCGGAAACAAGUGGAACAGUACAAAAUAUCUGAAUCAAUGUAUAGUUAG